ACGGAAGUCACGUGACGUGACCGGGAGCCCUGUCAUGUGACGGUUCGUGCGUUUGCUGCGAAGAUUUUCAUAGUUAACAGACAAACAAAAGCAAAAACUGUAGUUUUGAGACUGAAAACCACACAAAGAGUAGACUGAACCUGCUGGAAGGAUAUCAUGGGGUGUUGUUACAGCAGCGAGAGCGACACGACGGAUGAGAACCAAGAUGAGUGGAAGCGACUGAUUCCAGACCCGAAACUAGAAAGAAAACCGCUCAAUGGCAGUGAGCGAAACUCCGACAGCCUGCCGUCCAACCGCACAGACGAGCAGGCCCUGCUCACGGUCAUUCUGCAGCGUACAGCCUUGAACAUAAUCGAUGUGUCAGCUGUUGAUUCUCAAGGCAUGGAACAACAUGAAUACAUGGACAGAGCCAGACAGUAUAGUACGAAGCUGGAAGUUCUGAGCAGAACUCUCUCUCAGAAGAAGCCAGUUCCUCUUCCAUCACUGACAAGCCAACCUCACCAGGUGCUCGCCGCUGACCUGGUGCCCUACGCAGAUGUACAACAGGUCUCAAAGAUCACUGCAUAUGCCAGCAGUGCCAUCUCACAAAUCAAAGUAGAUGCAAAAGAAGAUUUGGUGGUGCAGUUUGCAAUACCAUGAGUCAAAAGACAAACCCACUUUCCCACACAUUCUCGAUCUCUAUUUUUCUCUCUAGCCCAUUUCUCCACCAUUCUUUCUCCACACUUUUCCAUUCCUGAAUCCAACAGAAAUUCAGAUACUGAUGGAAUUGUUCACUGAAUGUCCUGCAGAUAAAUAUAUUUAGUCCAGACCACAGCUUCUUGUGUAACUCUGUUAGGACGGUCACCCUAGACACCAUCAGGUACCCACAGCACAGAGUAGAGGGUAAAACUGUUUAACAUUACGUCUAAUGUACUACUACUGUAGUUCUUCAGGGGUGUUCACACAUCAACCAAACACUCACAACAAAUACCACAAAUGUAUAAAAGUCAACAGUGGUGUCAAGCUGCCACGAUUGCUUUGAUGAUUUGUUUACGCCACUGUUGGCUUUUGAGUGUCCCGAUUGGUCGGAGGUUGUCAAACCAAGUAUUUGCUUUUGUACAGGCUUUGGUACCACAAUGCACUGAACACAACCACACAUACUGUACUCCCCACUUGAGUUGUGGAGUUGUUCUCAUACUGACCAGAAUCUAUUCUAAGGUUAAAAUCUAGAUUUGCACGGUUUUUGCUGGAUGGUAUUGUAGAGUGUUUUAACACAGAGGUUGUUGAAGGUUUUGGUUCAUCACUGUCCUGCAUGCAAAAAGGGGGUUUCUUAAAGGAAUAUUCUGGGUUUGCUUCAAGUAAAGCUCAAUUAGAUACAUUGUGUCAUAAUGGCGAUUUCCAGAAACUUGGAUUUUUUUUGACUCGUCCCUCUUUUUGGUGUUUGUUUUGUUUUUUACACUUAAAAGGGAAGUCCAUAAACUCUAAAACACGUAUAAUGUUUACAUCUUGUUGCUAUAUAUUUGAAACGGCUUGUAUUUUAGUGUUUAUGGACUGUCCCUAGUCACUUUGAUUGUAAGUGCCUCAUUGGAACCGCUUUUUUUAAUAAACGUAGGGCGAGUCAAAAUGUUCUGUGGUAAUCAACAUGAUGCCACAAAUGCUGUUGAUUGAGCUUAACUUGAAUUGAACCCGGAAUAUUCCUUUAAUCAAUAUUUUUGUCUUGUUUUUCAAUAAUAAAAAAAAUAUUUAAACAUUCUUAAAACAAGAGAUAUUUACUAUAAAUUAGCAAAAUUGCAUUAAAUGUUGUUUUUUUUUUUUUGUUGCAACAAAUGUUUCAGAUUUAUGCUUAAAACGUGAAAUAAUAAUAAUAAUAAUAAAAAUUGCCCAUGGAGUAAGAAUAAGACUUGAAUUAAGUUUUGAUGUCUUCAGUCAUUUUGCCUCAAGUAAAUGGCUCUUGUUUUUAGGAUGCUUUUGAUUAUUUACAUUUUUUUUUACUGGAAAACAAUGUGAAAAACAGUGAUUUUAAGAAAAUAAUUUCAGUGUAUUCUCUUGUUGGUUUCUGGAAUCACUGUGGUUAAGCGUUCAUUGUUCCGGAGUCAAUUCUAAAAUGUUAUGCACUGUGGAUCUAGAUUGGGUUCUGGAUUAAUAUGAGCUAAAUACAGACAUAAUACUUCUGUCUCGCCAGAGAAAAACGCACAUAUUGACAUAUUAACACUUGUAACGUUUUCUCUUUCUGCUUGUAUUACAGCCUCAUACCAACAGUGAAUUCAUCUACACGUGUAGAACUUCGUUGUCUGUGCACGAUUUGCUCAAUUCUAGAUCUUAUUAAAUUGUCAAAGUGACUCUAGACUGGUUAAGAUUUGAGUCUAGCGCUUGCCAACAGAUACUCGAUAGUCUAGAAAUUCAGAGCUGGAAGGAGCUCAGUAGAUCUACAGUUUUGGACAUUAUUUUUUCCCCUCUUGCUGUUUGACAUAUUGGCACUCUUGCAAAAUGCACAUUUGUCCCUCGUACUUUGGUGAGGAGAAGUGUAAAUAACAGUGGGCAGGUGACAAGCCCCACUAAUCUAAUGUUUAAACAUAAGUGCACGAGGCUGUCUGGAAAUAUCAGAAAUUCUGUUGCUGGUGACGGUCAUGAGAUUCAGGAUAUAAAACCCUAUCAUCUAGAGUAGCUCUGUUCAUGCAUUUAAAGGGAUGGUUCAACCCCCAAAAAAAUUCUGUCACGAUUUACUCACACUUAUGUUGUUCCAAACCCACACUUUUCUUUUUUUUCCUGACAGAAUUUUCAUUUUUUUAGGUGAACUAUUCCAGUAAUGGGAGAAAAAUGGUUAUUUUUGUGCACUUUUCCUAUAAACCUGUUCAAAUCAGACAUGAAGUCAGAUCGGACACGAUGGACAUGGUUAAACAGAGUUUCUUAAAGGGACGGAGCAAGUUGGCCUGCCUUAUGAAUAAACAUCCCGUAAAAUUGUGUUUGGGGGAGGUGUGGUGGGUUGGGAAUUAGCUGGGAGAUGUUUGUUUGUAAAUUAUGUUCUUUGUGUCAAUGCAUUUAAUGUACAGAGUGUAAAAUGAAUAGAGUUAUUAGAACGGUUAAUACCAUGCAUGCAUGCAGCAGGAAGUAAACGGCUCUACAGCGCCCCCUGGUCAUAAGGCUUUGCGAUCAGUAGCUUGUUUUUAGCGAAGCAAACCAGGACACUUUUACCCUGCCUGUUCCACUUUUAACAAAAUAAAACAAUUUAAAAAUCAAGCAAAUGGUAUUUCUUCAACAUUGUCCAUUUAAUUAUUAUCAUUUUUUUUUGCUUUGCUUUGUGCCGAAAACGAUGAACGCAUCAGUGAAAUCUAAAUCGACUAGCGUUCUUUCCUGACGGCGUCUGAGAUGCCACAGAAAAUCUUUGUAACUAUUUAUUUUUGUUUUUAUGUAUUUAUGCAAGCUCACAGACAGUGUGGUAUUAAAACUGGCUUUACAGAUCAUCGAAGGCACUUUUCGUUUUUAAAGGGAUAAAGUGCACUGUAAUACUCAAUACUCAAUUUGGUUUCUGUUGCAGUGUGCUAUUAGUAUCGUUUCACUUUGUUUGUUUGUUACCUAAAUGUGGAAUACUACCUGAUUUACAGAGAUGAUUUUCUUAGGCUAGAACCAAAAACAAUUGUUAAUACUGUUUUGUUGAAUGAAAUUAUGUA